AAAUACAGGCGACCAGUUCUUGACAGAGAUUUCGUUGGUCGGUGGUGGAUUACUUGGAUUUGAAGGGCAAUCCGAAAAUGGAUUCCGGCAAUCUCCUCAUUGUUAGCCGGUCAAUUAAGCCAGUAAGGUCGCCUUUGCUGGAGCAAGAAGUAAUCGGUUCUGAGAUGAGUGGAAACUUUGGUUGGUCAAGCUUAGUGGAACCCUUGGUUGGUCAAUGGAUUUUAAGGGUACAGAGAGGGCUGCAAGAAGAUGCAGAUCAACGUAUUGUCGUUUUGCAUUUGCUGUAUUCUUAGACUACAACAAAGGUGGUUAGGUGUUUGGAACAAGGAAUGAACACAUGUGUACGCUGGAUGAUCCCAUGGUGACGAAUUUUUAGUCUUGCCAUCUGCUUUUUUGUAUUGUCUUUGGCCCAUUGCGGUUGCAGUAGAUUGCAUUCGGGUUUCGGGUAAUGAUAUUCUUCAUUUGUGUUGUUUGUGUGCUUUCCCUGCUCUUAAUGUUGAGCAUAGUGUUCGUUUGUGGAUUAGGAGAUGAUGUUAUUCGUCUGUCCGUUUGGCUGAUAGUGUCUUUUCCCCAUUGAUGCAUCGACAAGAAAAUUUGGUCUCCUGCUGUGGCCUUUCAUAGGAUUAUGACAACAAAUUUUUAUUGUAUAGCUGUUGGUUGUAGAGUGAUCAAAUCAAUACCAGCAAGCCUUCAAACUGCUAUUCACCAUUUGUUUUCCCUUACAACUAACC